UUCGUUAUUUGCCCGCAGAGUACGAUUAGCGUUCUACACGUUUCCAGAAUCGUCGUUUCUCAGGUAACUGUCAAGUGUGUAUCGCGUUUUAUCAGUUUAUACCGUUUAUACUAGUGAAAGGUAAAACUGGUGUGAUAUCGAUAUUUUGGGAAUAAAAGAUAGGAUAAAAAUAAGGAAUCAUGCCAAAAGAAGAGCAAUUUGACGGAAUGCUGCUGGCGAUGGCUCAGCAACAUGAGGGAGGCGUACAAGACCUCCUGGAUACGAUAUUCAGCUUCUUGGCUCGAAAGACUGAUUUCUAUACCGGAGGUGGUGAGGGUGCAGCAGAAAAGCUUGUGAUGAGUAAAUUCAAGAAGCAUGAGGGAACCGCAGUAAAUAAAGUAUCAGCUGAGAAGGCAGAGCGAGCUGAGCAAGAAAGGAGACGUAAGGAAAGAGCGGAGAGGAAGAAAAGGGAAGAGGAAGAACAGUUCAAAAACGAAUCAAAGAUUGUUGAAUUGACAGACGAACAAGCAGUUGAGCUGCAAGCUGAGCUGGAUAGCAAAAAAGUAUCUACUGAACCAGCAGCUGUUGCCGGACCUAGCGGAGACAAUGCACAGGCAAAGACUGAGGAAGUUGGUAGUGAUGAACCGGAGAAAGAUGAUGGCGAGGAAGAAGACGAAAAGGAGAAGGGGAAACUGAAGCCUAAUAGCGGUAACGGUGCUGACAUGCCUAACUACAGGUGGACACAGACUCUUCAAGAAGUUGAGCUGAAGGUGCCACUGAAGGUUAAUUUCUCAGCAAGGCCAAAGGACCUGGCUGUUUCCAUAGCGAAAAAACAUCUGACUUGCGGCGUGAAAGGUCAACCACCUAUUAUCGAUGGCGACUUUCCCCAUGAAGUUAAAUUGGAGGAAUCUACCUGGGUUAUAGAAGAUGGAAAAGUACUUCUUAUCAAUUUAGAAAAGGUUAAUAAAAUGCAAUGGUGGGCCCAUGUCGUGACAUGCGAUCCGGAAAUAAGUACGAAGAAAGUAAAUCCCGAACCGAGCAAACUUUCGGAUUUGGACGGAGAGACGAGGGGUUUAGUCGAGAAGAUGAUGUACGAUCAGAGACAGAAAGAGCUGGGACUUCCUACUUCGGACGAGCAGAAAAAACAAGACGUUAUUAAGAAAUUCAUGCAGCAGCAUCCGGAAAUGGACUUCUCUAAAUGCAAGUACAACUGAGAAGGAUUGUGGACAAUUGAUGAUUCGAGUUUCUCGAGUGUAAUAAUUCUAACUUAGUUAGGAUUAAAAAAAAAGAACCAGAACGCUUUUCACCGUCUUAUAAUUAAGAAUUUUUUUUCAUUCUUCAAUGAAAAAUGUGCACACAUUCGAUUUAAUGUUCGACACAUCUAUUACGUGAUGAAUAAAUUUAUUCGUUUGUAAGUAUCACGUUUCAUUUUAAUACACAUACAAUUGUUGUUUUCCUUUUCUUUUUUACUUUUACAAAAUUUCAUAACCACCAUCUUUGCGAUUUUCUUGAUUACCUUUCUAGCUAAUUGACUGCACUUUAUGUGGCCUACGUAUAAAUCGUGAAAGUAAAAUCAGCAUCUGAAAUGCGCCUGGUGUAAGGCAACUUUGGUAACGCCUACGUGAUUGUUUAUUCAGAGAUAAAUUUUCACGUACCUGGUGAAAAUUUGAAGCUUUGAUAGUCACAUUAUUCGACUAUUUUAAAAAGCUAUACUUGGGACAAUGAAAUUUAUCUUUUUUCCACGAAAAUUUCAACUAUUACGAUAGCUAAGUUAAUGCCAGAUAAUUUGAAGCUAAGUUGUUCAUUUAUUUGUUGUAUGUCUUUUAGAGUCCAAGGUGGUCAGAUUAUACGAAUUUCUUUCUUUUUAACAUCAUUUCCUAGCCUUCAUGUGUAAUAUAUAAUAUAAUAGCAUACAUACAUAUGAAAAUACGUCACAUUUGAAAUAAAUAUAUACAAAAUAGUACAGGUGCUUUCCUAUAUUAGUUAUAGUGUAUAAGGUAAUAGGUAUUGUUUACAUUUAUGUCUGUAUAUAAUUCAUAUCUUAUCAAAAUAUAUCUGUAGUUUUCAUAUACUUUAUACUUAUAAAAAUCACAAUUACGUUUGCUUAGAUCAAAAUUCAAAUUUCAUAUAAUUCGUUAAAAGAGAUAUUCUUAUAAGCGGACAUCACUUAUCAAGUUAAAAAACUUUUUUAUAAACAUAAACGCAAUUUUAGGCACGACCGAACAUUUACUAUUACUAUAAAUGAAAUGUAAAGGUAUCGAUGCUAAAAUAAUUGAAAAUUGAAAUACAAUCACCAUUACGUUUAAUAAUAGCAGACAGGGUCUUGACAUCAUAAAUCAGAUCAUGCAUUUAGUCAUGCAAUUAUUGCGCAGCUAUAUAUUUCACGUCAUUAUCCAUCUUACGAUUGGAGACAGCUGAUGCAAAUGUAUGAGAUGCAAAUUAAUUACAAACUUUGUCUCAGGUCAGAUAUUUCCAAAGAAAUAGAAUAUUUUAAAUAUUCUAAUUUCUCCUCUCAAUUCAAGUUUCGUCUGCCUUCGAACUCUACUCGCUACCAAUAAGAAAUCGCGAUUUUCUCAUCCUCGUAUAUGCUGUGAGUUGCAAUAAACAAGCUGAUCCAGGAUCUACGUUCCUGCAUCUGUGUGUCUCAUGACCUUCUCAAUCCAGACUACGUAGUUGGGCAGUCUUGCGUAGAUCCCGAAUUUGCCACGUUUACCGCAACCUUCUCCAAAACU